GCGGAGUCCGGCGGACUACAUUUCCCAGAAGCCUCAUAGCUCCGCUUUGUUUUUCGGCUCUUGACUGGGGCCGCUGGACCACUCUAGUUUGGGGCUGCUAGGAAGGCGCGGGUUCACCGAGCCUUUCUGGGGGAAAUGGUCUCUACCCGACCGCUUGCGGGUUGAGAAGGGGCCGCCGUGGCAAGUUGGCAGGCCAGCGCAGCGGGUGCACCGGCGAGAAGGGGUGCAUUGUCGUCCACACCUGCUGCUGAAUGUCUAACCCGGAGGAUGAGGAGAGGCUUUUGCCACUCGCCCAGAGAUGGCCCCGAGCAAGCAAGUUCGUACUGUCCGGCUGCGCGGCUACAGUGGCCGAGCUAGCAACCUUUCCCCUCGAUCUUACAAAAACUCGACUCCAAAUGCAAGGAGAAGCUGCUCUUGCUCGGUUGGGAGACAAUGCAAGAGAAUCUGCCCCCUAUAGGGGCAUGGUGCGCACCGCCCUAGGAAUCAUUCAGGAAGAAGGCUUUCUAAAGCUUUGGCAAGGAGUGACGCCCGCCAUUUACAGACACGUAGUAUACUCUGGAGGUCGGAUGGUCACAUACGAACAUCUCCGGGAGGUUGUAUUUGGCAAAAGUGAAGAUAAGCAUUAUCCCCUUUGGAAGUCAGUCAUUGGAGGGAUGAUGGCUGGUGUUAUCGGCCAAUUUUUAGCCAACCCAGCUGACCUAGUGAAGGUUCAGAUGCAAAUGGAAGGAAAAAGGAAACUUGAAGGAAAACCACUGAGAUUCCGUGGUGUGCAUCAUGCUUUUGCAAAAAUCUUAGCUGAAGGAGGAAUACGUGGGCUGUGGGCAGGCUGGGUCCCCAAUAUACAAAGAGCAGCACUGGUGAAUAUGGGAGAUUUAACCACUUACGAUACAGUGAAGCACUACUUGAUAUUGAAUACACCCCUUGAGGACAAUAUCAUUACUCAUGGUUUAUCCAGUUUAUGUUCUGGACUGGUCGCUUCUGUUCUGGGAACACCAGCUGAUGUUAUCAAAAGUCGAAUAAUGAAUCAACCACGAGAUAAACAAGGAAGGGGACUUCUGUAUAAAUCAUCAAGCGAUUGCCUGAUUCAGGCUGUUCAAGGAGAAGGAUUCAUGAGUCUAUAUAAAGGCUUUUUACCGGCUUGGCUACGAAUGACCCCUUGGUCAUUGGUGUUCUGGCUUACUUAUGAAAAAAUCAGAGAGAUGAGUGGAGUCAGUCCAUUUUAAGCCCUUAAAGAUACAGUGUUCAGUAUUAUUGAAAUACGGGCAUCUGCAACACACACCCCCUAUUAUUUCUACCUCUUUAGGAAGACACCUUACUCCACAGAGACUGUGAUUUAUAGGGGGCAGCACUUUAUUUUUCUUUGGAAACCCAAGUUCUCUUUGACUCCUCUUUUUGUCUAAAAGUGAUCUGGUCGGAUCUCACAAGGCUAUCCCAGGAGACCCAGCACACUGUUUUCUCAAGAAGAACGGAACCCUGACGACUUUCAUCUUGGGCAAGAUGGUUUGGCCCUUGAGAUGCUGUUUGUACUGAAGAGACUGCUUAGAGGGAGCCAGCAGGAGGGAGCCAGCAUCUCAGAGCUGAAGAAGAUAAUAGGAAUAUGGAAGAAUAUAUACGUAGUGCUUAAGAAAUACUUUUAACCUGUUAUGUCAGUGUUUAUAAUUGAAGUUUAACAAUUCACUCCUCUGUUGUUGUAAAGUAUACAUAUUGUAAAUUAAAGGGAGGUAAAAAUUCAUGAAAAAAACAUCUUGAGCUUCCCUACUAUUGAAGGAAAUGGAUGUACAUUUUCUUGCAAAGAGGAUUAAAAAAUAAAUGUGAAGUUGAGAUGAUGUUUGGAUGUCAAGCAAAGCUGCUUGCUAUCAGUGCCCAUCCUUCGCCCUGUGUUCAUUGGUUAGCAUUCCACCACACUUGCUAGUAACUUCCCCUGAUAGCCACAGACUCUGAAUCAAGAUGAGAAAAGAAAAGAGCAUUUGCCUUGUUACAUGUCCCAUUUCAACACGGAUUUAUCACUGGAUUUCAAGAAUGUUAUAAUGAAUCACAGUUGAGGGGAUGGGGUUGCAGCUCAAUGGUAAAGGGCUUUCCUGGCACAUGUGAGGUCCUGGGUUCCAUCCUCAGCACCACAUAAAAAUAAAUAAAAUUAAGGUAUUGUGUCCAUCUACUAAAAAAUAAAUAAAAGAAUCACAGUUGAUUUGGUUAAAAUUCAGCUGCAUAGGUCCCUUUGUAAAAAGCAUCCUUUGUUACCAUCCGCCUUUCAGUGGUAUUUUAAAAACAAGACUGAUAUGAAGUUAGCCAACUCUGAUGUGUGUCCUUUCUUACCCUGCUUUCCUAACAUUAAGGGAAGGAAAGAGGGAGUAAGGGAAGAGACGAAGAAAAAGAAAUCAGAAUCUACUGAAUCUUACUCAGUUUGACAAAUUUUCUUGCCAAAAAUGUCAUAAGUAUAAACAGUCUAUGGUAUAUAGUCAUGUAUCCAGUCUUUGAACCAAAUCAGUUUUCUUACCGGACACAGUGGUACAUGCCUGUAAUCCCAGCAGCUCAGGAGGCUGAGACAGGAGGAUCGUGAGUUUAAAGCCAGCCUACAUCAAGGCACUAAGCAACUCUUUGAGACAGUGCCUUUAAAUAAAAUAUAAAAUACAAAAUAGGGCUAGGGAUGUGGUUCAGUGGUCAAGUGCCCCUGAGUUCAAACCCUGGUACUUCUUGCCCAUCACUUUUCUUAUUUUAGAAAGGUAGGAGAUUUCUUCAGAUUCAUCAGUAUCCCACAUGCUCCCCCAUCCUUAGACAGUGGACAGUUCUGGAUGGAUUGCUGCACAUAUGGAAAAAGACUGUAACUGUUAAAAUAGGAAAACUGAAAAAGCUCAGGCCCAAGAAAGACCCUGGAACUAAGAGAAUAGAAUUUGUUAUGAUGAACACGGAUGAUGUUGGAUGUUGCUGGACAGAAACAAUUUUACAAGUGCUCUGUGGUUGCACUAAUGUAUAAUCACUGCCAUUUUAAGAGGGGGAAGUACACUUCAAAUAUGUUAUAAUGUGAUAUAAUAAUAUGCAGUGGCUUAUUGUUGCAAAAUGUGUAUUUUAAUCUCUUCAAAUCCUCUUUAGGUUUUCUAUUUUUCCAUUGCAUUUGCCAAUCUGUAAUUGAUUUGUCAAAUGUACUUAACGUAUAUUAUGUGCUUAAAUCCCUAGUGUUCUGUAUUGAACAACUUUGGGGAAAUUUUGAUUUUUUAUGUUUUGUAAUUUAUAAGAUUUAAAUGAAAACUGUAUCAAAAUAAUUACAUUGCAACUGAAUUAUUUUUAAAAAGGAUUUAGUUUUAUUCUUUGGGGGGGCUUGGGACUAAAACAUUGCAUAAGUAAGUUCCUUGGUACCUGAAUCAACAUGAAUUGGAAUUUUUAACCUGAAAUGAUUCCUUGGGUUCAUCUCCUUUACAUGUUAGGAAACUGAGUCUCAGAGAAGUACAGUUGUGCAUGCUCAUAGUGACUUAAUAGUGGAGCCAGGAUAAAAAUGCAGAUCUUCUAAUUAUUAUGAUCAUUACAUCUGAUAGUUAUUGUGCACUAACUAGAUACCAAGUAAAUGUCUUAUGUCAUCUUCACAAUAACCCAGUCCAGCAAUGUUGCAUCUUCCAAAAACAGGUUUUCUUUUUAGUUUUUUGUCUCAUACAUUUUAAAUGAAUCUGAAUUUCUUCUAGUACAAAUUUUAGAAUGGAGUCAUGAUGCUUUGGUUUGAACAUUUAAUCUGAAUCCAUAAUCUGACUGAAUCCUGUGUAUCUAACAUAUAGCCCAUCAUGGUCACACUUCUCAAGUGAAAUCAUUCAUUAAUUAUCUUAGAAUUUUGCUUUAUUUUUGCCAACUUGGGUCUUCUUGUUCCUUUCCAAAAUAAUCCAGUAAAUAACAAGGAAUACAAAUUUCUGUGGUAUUCUGUACAUAUUCAUAGGCUUCACAAUUCCACUUUUCCCUUUCUUAUUAUAACACUACUUUAUGUGGUGCUUCUCUAUUUCUCUUUAGUUCUAUAUUGGUAAUAUUUGACAUUUCAGUCCUUUGCUUUGCUUUCACAUUUUUUUCUCUUCUCAGAUGAUUUUUUUUCCUCAUUGAAAAGUGUGUGUGUGUAUAUGUGUGUGUAUUUUGGGUUAUAUAGAGUUCUAUAUUUUUGGUUAUAUAGAAUUAUUAUUUUUGUUUAUAUAGAGUUCUCUCUUCUUUGUAUAAUUAGCAUAUAUAUCUAAUUAAAGAGAUAGUAUUUCUUAAGUUUGCUUAGUUAGGUAUAAUGUAUUUUUCAGGUAUUCAAAUCCUGUUUCGUUAUUAUACACUAGUGAGAGGGACUACAUGUUCUGUUUUUCUGUGAUUUCUGUUCUUUGUAGUAGCAUUUUUUUCUUUUUCUUUUUCUUUUUUUUUUUUUUUGCUAUUAAGUACUCAGUAAAAAUUGUUUGCACUUACAUAUAACAUGAAACACCUAACUUUGUAUUAAUUUAAGAAUUUGUAUUUAUGAGUCUGGCAUUCCUGUUAUCAUCCAAAUUUUUAAGCAUAUUUAUGUAUAAUUCAUAUAGUCACACAUGUUUUUCUCAGGCCCUCCCUUGGAAAAAUGCUUAAUUUUAAUACUUGGUAAUUAAAAAUUUGGGGGGGGGAUAAAUUAUCCUCUUAUCCCUGAUUAAACCAGAAUUCUUUAAAGAUGAUGACCACAUAUAUGUAUAUACAUGCAUACAUAUGUA